AUGACCAUGAACUCCGACGCUGCAGGAAGACGAACCGAGUCCACAUACCCGUACAACGCAUCCAGCAAUGUUUGCGCCGGAGCUAGAAAUCAGUACAACGGGCCCGCCAGAAUAAACAAAGGAACGAGCAUCAAUAACAUUCGGCCGGUUACAAAGAUCAACAAAAGUACGAAUUACUAUAUCCGUACGUUUGUUUUAAAUGGCAAUACACAGUCAUCGAGGUCUUGUCAAAAUUGCGAUACGAACGAUCCGGCUGGACGAGAGAUUUCCCGUGUUUCGCUCAAGACGACACCCACUUCCGACGGUCGGCAGAUGUCGCUACCCAACAACGUCGACCGAGCCAAACAUGCACCUGUCUCGCCCCGUGUUUCUUAUUCUAUCCACAUUGAAUGGAUAAAUUUUAUCAUUCGCCAUUCGAGCAUCCAGGGAUUCGACCUCAUCUGCAAGUUUCUGAUGUGGUAA